AUCUUGUAGUCAAUCAAGCAACGAUCAAAUUUAAAUUUCUGUAGAUUCUCUCUCUCUCGAUCGUGGUAGCCAAAAGCAGGAAACUGAUCAUCAGACUCUCUUUUCACAAUCGUCGAUUCAGAUCUUAUGGAUCAACGAGAUUCCAAAGAGCCAUAGAGUUUGACUUGAAAAUCUGAGAGCAGCAGUAGCUUAAGCUUCGAAGACUUGGGAGCAGAGGAAGAUCGGAGAUGGAGGCUGCGGUUCUUUCGAAGCCGCACAGGUACAAGCACGACGUCUUCCUCAGCUUCCGAUCAGAAGAAAAAGACGACUUCGCAGAGCGUCUCUGCACCGCGCUGAGAAAGGAGGUCCGUGUCUUCCGCAACGACAACAACAACAACGAAGGCAUCGAGCGAGGGACUGAUGAGAACGACAAAAGACUCGCUGGAGCCAUGGAGGACUCAUCUGCCUCCGUCGUCGUCUUCACCAGCCACUACGCUGACUCUCGCCGGUGCCUGGAUGAACUAGCUAUGCUCUGCGAUCUCGGAUCGUCUCUGGAUCGUCCCAUUUUGCCGAUAUUUUACAAGGUCGAUCCCUCUCACGUACGCAAACAGAGCGAUCAGUUCGAAAAGGAUUUUGAAGAACACAACAAAAGAUUCAGCGAGGAUGAGAUACAUCGAUGGAAAAAAGCUAUGAAAUUAGUUGGAAAUCUAGCUGGCUAUGUUGUCAGAGAAGGGACUGUUGAGGUUGAGGUUGAGGAUAAAAUGAUAAAGCUUGUGGUGGAAAAGGUUUUAGCUCAAGUGAGCAAUACACCAGAGAAAGUUGGAGAAUACACGGUUGGGCUGGAAUCACGUCUGGAGGAUUUGAUGAAACUUGUGGACGUUAAAUCCACUGGUGACGAUGUUCAGAUCCUUGGACUUUACGGUAUGGGUGGUAUUGGGAAGACUACACUUGCUAAACGCUUCUAUAACCUGAUCCUGGAGCACUUUGAGGACCACCGAGUUUUCAUCUCUAACGUUAGAGACAAAUCAUCAGACCAAAAUGGCUUAAUCGAUCUGCAGAAGACUUUCAUCAAGUCACUUUUCGGUACGGUGCCUGAGAUAGAAGAUGUUAAGAGUGGGCGGGACAAGAUAAGAGGGAGAGUUCACGAGAAGAAGAUUCUUGCGGUUUUAGAUGAUGUUGAUAGCGUAGACCAGGUUGAUUCGUUGGUUGGUGAGAGAAGUUGGUAUGGUCAAGGAAGUCUAAUCAUCAUCACCACCAGAGACGAAGAGAUACUGAGUAGGCUCUUUGUGAGCCAAAAGUAUGAGGUUAACUGCUUGACUGAGGUGCAGGCCUUGAAUCUGUUUAGUUAUCAUUCACUAGGAAAACAAGAACCAACAGAGAGUCUUAUGGAGAUAUCAAAGGAGAUUGUCAAGAUAACGGGGAAGCUGCCACUUGCUGUUGAAGUGUUUGGUUCCCAUUUGCGUGACAAGAAGGAAGAUGAAUGGCUAACUGAACUAGAGAAGCUGAAGAAUACCCAACCAGGCGAUUUUCAGGCUGUUCUGGCGCUGAGUUUUGAAGCUUUAAACGAUGAAGAGAAGACAGUCUUCCUCGACAUUGCGUGUCUAUUUCUUAAAAUGGAGAUGGCCAAAGAGGAAGUCAUGGACGUACUGAAAGGUUGUGGGUAUAACGCUGAGGCUGCUCUCAGCGUCCUCAGGCAGAAGUCUCUUGUUAAGAUAUUGUCAGACAAAGACAAUACUCUUUGGAUGCAUGAUCAGAUCAGAGACAUGGGAAUGCAGAUGGUCCUUAAUGAAAGCCGUGAGGAUCCUGAAAUGCGAAGUAGACUCUGGGAUCGUGGUGACAUCAUGAAUAUAUUAAACUAUAUGAAGGGAACAACAUCCAUCCGAGGAAUCGUAUUAGACUUCGAAAAGAAGUUUGUGAGGCAUACAACUGCAGUCGAAAUAGCGCCGAGCAAUCUACAAACCAAUCCAGGCAUCAGCUCUGCGGUUAGCUACGUGAAGAAUAUGUUUGUAAAGUUUCCAGAAGAGGAGAAGCCAAAAACUUCUGAAAUCACCAUUCCUGUAGAGCCUUUUGCACCGAUGAAGGAGCUGAGACUUCUUCAGAUUAAUCAUGUGGAGCUUGAAGGAGAUCUUAAACUCCUCCCAUCUGAGCUCAAGUGGAUACAAUGGAGAGAUUGCCCAUUAAAAGAUGUUCCACCUGUUUUUCUUGCUGGGAAACUUGCUGUUCUUGAUCUCUCAGAGAGUGGAAUAAGAAGAGUCCAGACUUCAUGGUUCAAAAAGGAGGAUGAGAACUUGAAGGUUGUAAAUCUGCGCGGUUGCCACAGCUUAGAAGCCAUUCCUGAUUUGUCAAACCAUAAAGCCUUAGAGAAGCUUGUUUUCGAGAGAUGCAAGCUUCUGGUGAAGGUUCCUAAAUCAGUUGGUAAUCUCAGCAAAUUGCUUCACCUGGAUUUCAGUUACUGUACAAAUCUUACUGAGUUUCUUGUGAGUGUCUCUGGACUGAAGCAUCUUGAAAAACUCUUCCUCUCUGGCUGUUCAAACCUGAGUGUGUUACCAGAAAACAUUGGUGACAUGACAUGUUUGAAAGAGCUUCUUCUUGAUGGAACCGCGAUAAAGAUCCUACCGGAAUCUAUUGGCAGCCUUGAAAAUCUUGAAAAGCUUAGUCUAUUCGGCUGCAGUUCUAUUCAAGAGCUACCUAAAGGAGUGGGAACAUUGACAUCACUGAAGGAGCUAGAUGUUAGUGAUACUGCAUUGAAAGUCCUUCCAAACUCUAUUGGAGGUCUGUUAAAUCUCAAGAAGCUACAUCUGAUGCACUGCACAUCCCUUACUAAGAUUCCCGACACUAUCAAUGAGCUCAAAUCAUUGGAGGAGUUUUUCAUCAACGGAAGUGGGGUGGAUGAGCUGCCUCUAAACCUUGGAUCACUACAAUGUUUGACUGAAUUUUCAGCAGGAGGAUGCAAAUCGCUGAAGCAGAUUCCAAGUUCAGUCGGUGGACUAAAUAAACUUCUCCAACUUGAGUUGGACCACACUCCAGUUGUAACUCUACCAGAAGAGACCGGUGACCUGCGGUUUAUUCAGAAACUUGAACUGAGGAACUGCAAAUCCCUCAAGUUUCUGCCUAAAUCAAUAGGAGGCAUGGAUACACUCAAAAGCUUAUACCUCACAGGCUCUAACAUUGAAGAACUUCCUGAAGAGUUCGGAAAGCUUGAGAACCUGGUACUACUCCAGAUGAACAAGUGUCAGAAGUGUUAGAACCGAGUUCGGUCGAAACUACUCAAGAGGCUUCCUAACUCGUUUGGAGAGUUGAAGUCUCUUUACCAUCUGUACAUGGAGGAAACUUUGGUGGUGGAGUUGCCAGAAAGUUUUGGAAACCUCUCUAAACUAAUGACAUUGAAAAUGCUCAAAAAACCUCUCUUUAGAAAUGAUACUAAAGGUAAAAGUGCAGAGACUGGUUUUGUAAUACCAAACUCUUUCUCAAAUCUCAAGUCCCUUGAGGAAGUGGAUGCUCGUAGUUGGGGAAUCACUGGUAAAAUCCCAGAUGUUUUUGACAAGCUUUCUUGUGUGAAGAUACUCAACCUUGGGAAUAAUUAUUUUCACAGUCUUCCUGCUAGCCUCAAGGGGUUAACAAAUCUCAAAGAGCUUAUAUUGUAUGACUGCCAAGAGCUCACCUGUCUUCCUCCUCUUCCGGUUAACCUGGAGAAGCUUAACCUGGCUGACUGCUUUUCGUUGGAGAUUGUAUCCGACCUUUCGGAGCUGACCAUGUUGCAAGAACUCAACCUCACAAACUGUGGGAAAGUGAAGGAUAUUCCAGGACUAAAGCACUUGAAGGCUCUGAAACGGUUAUACAUGAGCGGAUGUAACUCCGAUUGCUUCUCAAAGGAAAGACUCUCCAAGGUCUUUUUGAAAAAUCUGAGGAAUUUGAGCGUGCCUGGGAACAGAAUCCCAGACUGGUUCUCGCAGGGACCUGUCAUGUAUUCAGCUCAACCGAACAGAGAGCUGAGAGGCGUAAUCAUUGCUGUUGUUGUGUCCGUUAACCAAGAAAGCAAAGAUGACUUCCAUGUGCCUGAUGUGUUGGGGAUCCAAGCCCAAAUUCUCGAACUUGAUAAAGUUAUUGUCAACCACACGUUGAACCUCUCUGGAGUGCCGAUAACAAGUGAUGAUCAACUCCACAUCUGCCGGUACUCGCAUCACUUCCCAAUGGUUUCGAUGUUGAAAGACGGGUACACCAUACAAGUGAUCAAACAGAAAAUGCAAAUCAAACAAGACGUUCAGCUGAAGAUGCAUGGGAUCCAUCUGGUUUACGAGGGGGAUGAUGAUUUAGAAGCCGAAGAAAGGUACUGUGUAACGGAGACGAUGCAAACCGUUUCUCAGAAACUUGCCAACUUUUUCAGCCCUUCAAAAGAAGGUGAAGCUAGCUCACAAGGUGGUUCUACUGUUACAUGAUAUUCACCCAAACCGUUUAUACAUAAAAAAACAAAACAAAAAGACAAAAAAAAAUGUGUUGUUCAUAUUUGAAGACAUGGUGUGCUUGGGUUCUGUGUUUUUCUUUCUACGUUUUUUUUUGGUUUUCCUCCUUGCAAAACUAUUCUCAAGCUUGUUUGCUUCUUUAACUUUGCUUUUACAAUCAAUAUAAAAAAAAAACAAAAAGAGGAGACUCUUGUUUCCCAUGAUUUCCUGAGCAUUCUUUAAGAAUUGAACGUGAUUG